AUGACCAAGUUGGAGGUUUACGACACAUUGUCUUCGCUACUCAACCCUUUGGCUUUGGGCGGAAAACAUAGAUCAACUGCUGAGAUUUCAGAUGGUCUCAAGAAGAUACGGAGGAUGGUAUUGACUGAAGGUAUACCUGAUGUCUCUGGGAAACCAUCGCUAAGAUCAAAAAUAUGGAAGUUGAUGCUGAAAGUCGAUAAUCUAAAUGCUGAAGAUUACUUGAGAUGGGUAUCGAUGGGUCCAUCUUCAGAUAGUCAUAAAAUCAAGAACGAUACUUUUCGAACGUUGGCGACAGAUACUCAGUUCAAGGGGAAAGUCAAAGAAGAUAUGUUAAUUAGAUUAUUAGAAGCUUUCGUCUGGAAAAUCACUUCUUCAGAACUUGAAGAUGAAGGUCAGCCGUUCAAAUAUGUUCAAGGGAUGAACGUCCUCUCAGCACCGUUCCUAUAUGCUAUGCCAUCUCAACUAGAAGCUUUCGCUUGUUUUUCAACAUUCAUAGAGAAUGGGUGCCCGUUAUAUGUCCAGCCGUCAUUGAAAGGUGUUCAUGAGGGUUUGAAGCUACUCGAUAGAUGCCUGGAGAUUGUCGAUCCUGAGCUGUAUGAUAAAUUGGCUGAAAAGAAUCUCAAAGCUGAAAUAUAUGCUUUUCCAUCUGUUAUGACAUUAUGUGCUUGUACACCUCCGUUAGAAGAAGUACUCAAGUUAUGGGACUUCCUGCUGGCAUUCGGGAUUCACUUAAACGUUCUGUGUGUUAUAGCACAACUACUUUUGAUCAGACAAGAAUUGAUGGAUUCGCCGUCUCCAAUGAAGAUACUUCGUACUUUCCCACCAUUGGACGCAAGACCUGUUAUCGGCGUGACUGUAGCUUUGGUCAAAGAUAUUCCAGAAGAUCUAUAUAGGGAAUUAGUCAUUCAUCCUUAUUCAUCUUAG